CACGGCCCUGUAGCUCUGGAUUCAUGGGCUAUAAGACUGGUUCCAAUCUCGCUGGCUCAACAUUCGACAUGCAGCUCUUUACAUCCAAAUCAGCCAAAAUCCAAUACUCUCUACUGUCAUGGUCUUAACCUGCAAAGACUAUCAUGUUGGUUGGAUAUGCGCCCUGCCAGUGGAAUAUUUGCUAGCAGAGCUUAUGCUGGACAAGGUACACGAUUCUGUUCCCUAUCCGGAAGAUGACGAAAAUGACUACACUUUGGGCCAGAUCUACAGCAAGAGAACUGGUGGUCAUCACAAUGUUGUGAUUACUCUCCUUCCUUCAGCUGAGAAAGGCAGGGCAUCAGCUGCGACCGUCGCCAAAGACAUGGUCAGGACGUUUCCCAACCUGGAGAUUCGACUGUUGGUAGGCAUUGCAGAUGGUAUUCCUGGAAGCCCCGUACAGCUUGGCGAUAUCGUCGUUGGAGCGCCUGAGGACAACUCUCCCGGCGUCAUACAGUACGACUAUGGAAAGCAUCUCGAAGAAGGAACGUUCGUGCGUCAAAGAAGUAUGAACAAAGCGCCGAGAGUACUUCGAACUGCAAUUGCAGCUGUCAAGAAAAAUCACCUACGAGCUCGUCUAGUCGAGCAUCGAGAAUACAUCUCAUAUCUCAACAUGAAUGAGGUGAAAAAACAGGCUACGAGACCCCCAUCUGUCGGCCACGCCACAGACAACGAAAUCCAGGAAGUUGCGGUCUUGUCUACUGGCAGCGAUCCAAAUAAAAGUCCUAUCGAGUCCACUCUUCCCGAAGUCUACUAUGGAGUCAUUGCCUCAGGCGAUGCAGUCAUCAAGGAUCCUGAAUUUGCGCGAAGAAUUCGGGAAAAGGAAAAUCAAAACGUCCUAUGUUUCGAAAUGGAGGCCGCUGGACUCGAUGCAUAUGGAUGUUUAGUCAUCAAAGGUAUCUCCGACUUGUGUAACAAGAACAAGACCGAUGAUUGGCAUCGUUACGCAUCUGCAACGGCCGCUGCGUUUGCGAAAGAACUCUUGACGGUCCUUCGAUCGACUGAAGUCGAUAACCUCCCAUCUCUCGGCAACACGCAUUGGAGUGUGCCAAGAGUGCUCAGUCCCCUGUUUACAGGCAGAGAGCUCCUUUUGAAGCACAUGAGUGAGCAUCUUGUCCCCGAAUCCGAUGCAAAGUCACCCUGCCGGGUGUUCGUAUGUGCACAUUGCCAUGAUGUAUCAACAGAACGGCAGGUCGCAAGAAGCUGGUUCGCUGCUUCAGUCACUACUAGUCGUUGAUACUGAUGACCCGCCUCUCGACCCUAAGACUCGCGAGUUGAUCUUCCACGCUCUUGCGACAAUCCACCGCGAGAAUGGCGACG